UUUAGACACCCUAUUUAUUGAUCCUCAAACCCUAUUAGCCCCGCCAAUCUAGUUUCCAUUCUACAAUCUCUCGCCGCAAGGGUUUAAGAGCCAGUUCCUUCAUUAGUUCUUUUUCGUGAGAUUCAAGAAUGGGUAAGGAGAAGGUUCACAUUAACAUUGUGGUAAUUGGCCAUGUCGACUCUGGCAAGUCGACCACCACUGGCCAUUUGAUUUACAAGCUUGGAGGCAUUGACAAGCGUGUUAUUGAGAGGUUUGAGAAGGAAGCUGCCGAGAUGAACAAGAGAUCGUUCAAGUAUGCCUGGGUGUUGGACAAACUGAAGGCUGAACGUGAGCGUGGUAUCACUAUUGACAUUGCCUUGUGGAAGUUCGAGACCACCAAGUACUACUGCACUGUUAUUGAUGCUCCAGGACAUCGUGACUUCAUCAAGAACAUGAUCACUGGUACUUCCCAGGCUGACUGUGCUGUUCUUAUCAUCGACUCCACAACUGGAGGUUUUGAAGCUGGUAUUUCCAAGGAUGGGCAGACCCGUGAACAUGCCCUUCUUGCCUUUACCCUUGGUGUCAGGCAAAUGAUUUGCUGCUGCAACAAGAUGGAUGCCACUACCCCCAAGUACUCCAAAGCUAGGUACGAUGAAAUUGUCAAGGAAGUCUCCUCGUACCUUAAGAAGGUUGGGUACAACCCAGAAAAAAUUCCCUUCGUCCCCAUCUCUGGAUUUGAGGGCGACAACAUGAUUCAAAGAUCCACCAACCUCGACUGGUACAAGGGUCCGACCCUUCUUGAGGCCCUUGACCUGAUCCAUGAGCCUAAGAGACCGUCUGACAAGCCCCUUCGCCUUCCACUUCAGGACGUGUACAAGAUUGGAGGUAUUGGAACCGUCCCCGUGGGUCGUGUGGAAACCGGCAUUCUAAAGCCUGGUAUGGUCGUCACCUUUGCCCCAUCUGGACUGACAACUGAAGUUAAGUCCGUUGAGAUGCAUCAUGAGGCUCUCCAAGAAGCUCUCCCUGGUGACAAUGUGGGGUUCAACGUGAAGAACGUUGCCGUGAAGGAUCUCAAGCGUGGGUAUGUUGCCUCAAAUUCCAAGGAUGAUCCCGCCAAGGAAGCUGCCAAUUUCACUGCCCAAGUUAUCAUCAUGAACCAUCCAGGUCAAAUCGGAAAUGGUUAUGCCCCAGUUCUCGACUGCCACACCUCUCACAUCGCUGUCAAGUUUUCUGAGAUUUUGACGAAGAUCGACAGGCGAUCUGGUAAAGAACUGGAGAAAGAGCCCAAGUUCUUGAAGAAUGGUGAUGCAGGGUUUGUUAAGAUGGUUCCCACAAAGCCCAUGGUGGUGGAAACCUUCUCUGAGUACCCGCCACUUGGACGAUUUGCGGUGAGGGACAUGCGUCAGACCGUGGCCGUUGGUGUCAUCAAAGCCGUGGAGAAGAAGGAUCCAUCAGGCGCCAAGGUCACCAAGUCUGCUGCCAAGAAGUCUGGCAAGUGAAUGGUGCGGACAGCCGAGGUUGGCUCCAGUGAAUGCGGUCAUGUCCAUGAUAUUCACAGUGAUGGCUGGAUUCUGAUUGAUAUAUCAUCUUCUUGUUUUUGUGUUCGUCUUUUCGGUCGUGUCUUCAAAUUUUCUCCAUCGUCGCUGAGCGACUUUUUGCAGAACUGGGUGCUUGAUCGUCGGUGGCAAGGCUUCUUCUAUCCUUUAAAGUUUGGAACCUAUAUUUAUGCGUGUUUUUGUUUUAUCAAACUCAUUUUCUGUUACUUUACUGGUUAGUUUCUCAUUUCAUAAUUUAGCGUUUGUGUUAUAUUAUUAUUAAAUCUCCUGGUUCAGUUGAUUACUCGCAUAGUAAGCUGUUGGAACUAUACAUUCUAAUGGUGUUGUGGUUUUUAGAAGUUUAUUCUCAGUUUUCGUUGCUGCA